UUUAUUCGGGAAAAAAGAGACAACAAUACGAAACGAGCAGUGAUGAAGAAGCCAACACAAACUUAAGUGGAGUCAUCAACCAAAUGCAAGAUCUUCGCAUAUCAACAUCAUAUCAGAAACCAGUCAAAUAUCUAAAUGAAGAAAUUAAAAAGUCAGCAAUAACAAUAGAUUUAGACAAAAAUAACAUAAAAGAGAAGAAAGCUAAAAAGAGCCAAGAGAGUACGUCAGUUUUUUUAUACCAGAUGGAAAGAGAAAAAGCAUUAGAACAAGACCAAAAGAAUAUAGAGUUGAUAACUGAGGAUAAAAAUGAAAUACCAAUACUUUUAGACACAAUAGAACAAAGCCAGUGGUCUCCAACAAAUC